AAAGAUGAUGGAGGUCAAACCGCCUUGAUGAUGUCAGCGUGUCAUGGACAUGUCACGGUUGUUAAAUUGCUUAUAGACAGAGGGGCAGACCUACACGAGACAGACAGUAAUGGAAAGACUGUUCUGAUGUUUGCAGUAGAAAACAGACAUUACGAUUUAAUGAAACUUCUGAUUGACGAAGGAGCUGACGUUAAUGGAACUGAUGCCAAAGGCGACACGGUUCUUAUGUUAGCAGCUCGUAAAGGGUUAACUCGCAUGGUUGAAAUUCUUAUUGCAAAAGGAUCAGAUAUAAACACCCAGGACAACAACGGAUACACCGCUGUAAUGCUAGCCAUCGAGAAGAAUCGCCCUGAUAUCACAAAACUUUUCAUGGACACGGGAGCGAGGCUAGACUACAAAACUACGGACGGGAAAACUUCUCUAAUGUUAGCUGCUCAGAAUGGAUGUAAGGAAUGUGUUGAUUUGCUGGCCACAGGAGAAAAUGUAAACCAUCAGGAUGACAGCGGGAAUACUGCCUUUAUGUUAGCAGGGUGCGAGGGACAUUUAGAUUGUGUAAGAUUGUUGUUAGAAAAAGGAUCAAAGCUGGACCAGACAGAUACAAAUAAGAGUACAGCUCUAAUGCUGGCCGUCACGUACAGCCACGAGGAUGUCGCUGAAUUUCUUGUUGAUAAAGGAGCUAAUAUAUUUUUAAAAAACAGGGAUAAAACGAAUCUUUUGAUGUUGGCUUCGGGUAAUGGACAGAAGUGUAUUGUUGAAAUUCUUCUGACAAGAGGAAUAAAGGUUUGUGAUAAAGCUGACGAUGGCACAACAGCUGUUAUGUGUGCUGCAUGGGGUGGGCAUUUAGACAUCGUAAAGCUGUUAGUAGAUAAGGGAGCAAACAUAAAUGACAAGAAGUGUGAUGGACAGAGUGCUCUGAUGUUGGCAGUAAUGCAAGGACAUGAAGAAGUUGCUAAAUUUCUUAUUCAGAAUGGUGCUAACGUGGAAGAGAAGCGGGAUGAUGGUAAAACGUGUCAAAUGAUAGCUUCAGAGUAUGGCAGCACAGAACUGGUACAAACUAUUUUAGAGCACAAAGUAAAUGUUAAUGAAACGGAGAAGAAUGAAAAGACAGCUCUGAUGUUCGCAGCAUCCUCCGGCCACACAGAAAUUGUUGAAACGCUGUUAAAAAUGGGAGCCGAAGUGAAUGCUAGAAAGGCUAACGGAAGGACUUCGCUGUUUUUAGCUGCUAAAAAUGGAUAUGCAAAAACUGUUCAGUGUCUCAUCAAAUUUGGGGCUGAUGUCCAUAAACAAGAUUGCAAACGAGUGACAACUCUAAUGUGCGCAGCCCAGAAUGGCUGUACGGACAUCAUUCAAAUACUUUUGGGGGAAAGAGUUAAGAUAAAUGAGCAAGACUGUGAUAAAAAGAGCGCACUUAUUUUCGCGACUUUAAAUGGACAUGUCGAUAUUGUUCAAAUGCUUGUAGAUUAUGGAGCAAAUUUCGAUGAAAAAUUUUUGAAUUCAAAGACGCCUUUGAUGGUAGCCGCUGAAAAUGGAUUCAAAGACAUUGUGGCAUUCCUAAUUCGCAAAGGAGCAUUGUUGGACGUGAAAGAUAACAAUGGAAUGAGUGGGCUAAUGUUUGCUGUAGUCCAUGGACACACAGAUGUAGUGAAGUUGUUUAUAGAAAGCAAAGCAGAUUUAAAUGAGAAGAGGGGGAAUGGAAAGAAUGCACUUUUGUUAGCAGCAUCAUGCGGACAUACAGAUAGUGUCGAAAUUCUAAUUCAAAAUGGAUCAAACAUUCAUGAGACAGACACGUGUGGGAUGACGGCUGUAAUGAUGGCUGCCGGAAACGGUCAUAGAAGCACUGUUGAAAAACUUUUAGAGCACAGAGCUCACUUGCACCAGAGGAGGCCCGACGGAGGAACUGCUCUCACCUUCGCCGCCCAAGCUGGACAUGCGGAGAUUGUUAAGUUGCUUAUCAACCAUGGAGCUAACGUAAAUGACAGAAUGAGAAACGGAAAGACAGCGCUGAUGCUGGCCAGCGUUUAUAGGCGCCAUGAGACAUGUAGCGUGCUCAUUGAAAAGGGAGCAAAUAUACAAGAUAAGGACAAUGACGGCAAGACAGCCUGGAUGUUAGCC